CUACAGGGAGAGGCACUGCUGAGACCGGGGCCCAUGUGGGAGGGCCUGGGGAGGGGCUGUCUGUCAUGGCCAGUCUCAGUGACACCCUGGUUCUGGAGAGGACACCAUUUUCUGUAGGAAACACAUAUGGACUGUUCUGGGUGCAGGGAAGUCCAGUCGGCGACUGACUCUUAAGUGAUUCAGGAGGAAGUUCUUUGUACUCUUCUAGCUUUUCUGUGACUGUGAUUGCCUCAGAAUUAAAGCAGAAUAGCCAAGGACCCCGCAGAGGUAGCGACCCCCCCAAAGGAGGUGGCGCCUUUUCAGAGGAGUGAGGCUGGGGAGAGGGAGGCGUCCGAGGCACCGCGAGGGAGGAGGCGGGCGGUGUCCCCUCGUUGUGCUCCUGCGCUGGCCUCAUGUUGAGUUUUCAGCCAUCCACUGGGGCCCCUUCUGUACAUGUCUUUCGCAGUCAGGAUGGGGAGCACCUUGUAAGGUCCCUCCUGUGGGGCCUGCUGAAGACUGGGGAGCUCUGGGAGGAGGCGGGUGUUUGUGCUCAUGGUGAAGCGAGAGGGGCUGUCCUCUCCUGGAGGGCAGAGUCGGUGACUUCCUCACUGUGCCCUUGGCACCUGCAAGGUAGCCGGCUGUCAUGAGCGGCUUGUUGAAUGAGUGACGGCUUAAAUGAGGCUUCGAGAGUGACAGUAGCUGGCACUUAGAGUCUGCAGCUGUGCCAACCCUGUGGCUCCGGCGAUAUUUCCACCCACACCACACAUCAGGCACCAAAUGUGUGGGUUUUCCGCACCAACAAUUCGCCAGUCCUCUGCAGACACCAGCCAGGCAUCCUGUAAUUCAGUUCAAUCUGACCCUGCCGCAGUUAUCACGGUCCCCAGCGUUAGGGGCUCAGUCACCCCCCAUUUCAGAUGCUAAUUGCAAUUAGUGGGUCCCUGGGGUACCCACACUUCUGUCCAUCUUGGCUACACGUUGGGGGUUCCUACGACCCCUUCAGGUUUGAUGAUUUGCGGUAGUGGCUCCCAGAACUCAGGAAGGCACUUAGUUUGCGUUGCCAGUUUACUAUAAAGGAUGCCGCAGCGGGCAUGGGUGGGCAGCUGGGUGAGGAGGGGCAUGGGCGAGGCCCAGAGGGUCCUAAGCACAGGAGCCUUUGUCCCCAGGGAGUUGUGUGGCUGGCCUUACAGCACGGCGAUGAGUUCACCAAACUGAAAGCUUUCCAGAUCCCCUAGUUCAAGGAUUUCCAUGGAGGCCUCGUCAUGGAGACAUGAUCAGUUAUGAACUCAGCCUCCAGCCCUUCUCCCCUUUUUUGAGGUUGGGGGGUGGGGCGGAAAGGUCCAGGCUUCUCAUCAUGGCUUGGUCUUUAUGAUGACCAGCCCCCUCCCAAGGCCAUCCAGGAGCCCACCAAGAGGUGCCUCAUUAGAACAGAAGACUCUUCUGUCACCUGUGAAGUCCAAGGGAUUUAGGAGCUCUGUGUCAGGCACCCCUAUCACCCCUGUCACCCAGGAAAUUACCAGCGUUCUGAGAACUCUGUCAGGAGCCAGGAGCAGAGGCCAAGUGUGUUCUUCUCAUUCUGUCAGUGCCACAGCCAGGGUGGCGGUUAUGCAGCCUUGUGGAUCAGCUCAGCCCGUCCUCACCCAGCCUUGUCCUUACAAGUGAGGAGGCCAAGGCCACACAGAAAUCCUGCUCCCAAGUCACAGAUAGGCUGAUGGGUCAGAGGACAAGACGUGCGACCCAGGGCCAAGAGGGGGCCAUGAAACCUGCGAGGCUUUUCUCAGCAAGAUUGAGGACCGUGUUUGAGGGCGUGGGGCACUGGGCUUUGUCCACACGGGCUGGCCUCAAGCCCAGCCGGCUACUGCCACAGCAGGCUUUUCCCAGGCUGCUCUCGGUCGGCUGUGCGGACCUCGCCAGGCAUCAGGAACUCCCGGGGAAGAAGCCACUCUCUGAGAAAAAGCUGAAAAGGUAUUUUGUGGACUAUCGGAGAGUGCUUGUCUGUGGAGGAAACGGAGGCGCUGGAGCAAGCUGCUUCCACAGUGAGCCCCGCAAGGAGUUUGGAGGCCCUGAUGGAGGGGACGGAGGCAACGGUGGACACGUCAUACUGAGAGUUGACCCACAAGUCAAGUCCCUGUCGUCGGUCCUGUCGCGGUACCAGGGUAUCAGUGGAGAAGAUGGCGGGAGUAAAAACUGCUUCGGGCGCAGUGGCGCCGUCCUCUACAUCCGGGUCCCCGUGGGCACACUGGUGAAGGAGAGAGGCAGAGUUGUGGCCGACCUGUCUUGCGUGGGAGAUGAGUACGUCGCCGCGCUGGGCGGGGCAGGAGGGAAAGGCAACCGCUUCUUCCUGGCCAACAACAACCGCGCCCCUGUGACCUGUACCCCUGGACAGCCAGGACAGCAGCGAGUUCUCCAACUGGAGCUCAAGACGGUGGCCCAUGCCGGAAUGGUGGGAUUCCCCAAUGCCGGGAAGUCCUCACUGCUCCGGGCCAUUUCAAACGCCAGACCCGCCGUGGCUUCCUACCCGUUCACCACCCUGAAGCCCCACGUCGGGAUCGUCCACUACGAAGGCCACCAACAAAUAGCAGUGGCCGACAUCCCCGGCAUCAUACGAGGCGCCCACCAGAACAGGGGCCUGGGGUCCGCCUUCCUCAGGCACAUCGAGCGCUGCCGCUUUCUCUUGUUCGUGGUGGAUCUUUCUCAGCCUGAGCCGUGGACUCAAGUUGACGAUUUAAAAUACGAACUGGAGAUGUAUGAAAAGGGCCUAUCUGAGAGGCCCCACGCAAUCAUCGCAAACAAGAUUGACCUCCCUGAAGCCCAAGCCAAUCUGUCCCAGCUCCAGGAUCACUUGGGACAGGAGGUCAUUGUGCUGUCGGCGUUGACCGGCGAGAACCUGGAGCAGCUGCUGUUGCACCUGAAGGUGCUGUAUGACGCCUACACGGAGGCCGAGCUGGGCCAGGGCCGCCAGCCACUCAGGUGGUAGCCACGCCAGAGUGGGGUCGCCUCUGGGCCUCUGAGCAAACCUGGGUGUGAACUUGGUGGCUUUGAAUGCAUAAAGGAAGUGCCUUGUGGACACGG